GUGUAACAGGAAAGGGAAAAAUGCAAGGACCCGACCGGGAUUUCAACCCAUUACCUCCAAACCUUAAUAGUUGCUGUAACCAAUUGAGCUAUCUGGAUAGUUGCUGUAACCAAUUGAGCUAUCUAGAUAGUUGCUGUAACCAAGUGAGUUAUCUGGAUAGUUGCUGUAACCAAUUGAACUAUCUGUAUAGUUGCUGUAACCAAUUGAGCUAUCUAGAUAGUUGCUGUAACCAAUUGAGUUAUCUGGCUAGUUGCUGUAACCAAUUGAGUUAUCUGGAUAGUUGCUGUAACCAAUUGAACUAUCUGUAUAGUUGCUGUAACCAAUUGAGCUAUCUAGAUAGUUGCUGUAACCAAUUGAGUUAUCUGGAUAGUUGUUGUAACCAAUUGAGCUAUCUGGAUAGUUGCUGUAAGCAAUUGAGCUAUCUGGCUAGUUGCUGUAACCAAUUGAGUUAUCUGGAUAGUUGCUGUUACCAAUUGAGAUAUCUGGAUAGUUGCUGUAACCAAUUGAGCUAUGUGGAUAGUUGCUGUAACCAAUUGAGUUAUCUGGAUAGUUGUUGUAACCAAUUGAGCUAUCUGGAUAGUUGCUGUAACCAAUUAAGUUAUCUGGAUAGUUGCUGUAACCAAUUGAGUAAUCUGGAUAGUUGCUGUAACCAAUUGAGCUAUGUGGAUAGUUGCUGUAACCAAUUGAGUUAUCGGGAUAGUUGCUGUUACCAAUUGAGCUAUCUGGAUAGUUGCUGUAAGCAAUUGAGCUAUCUGGCUAGUUGCUGUAACCAAUUGAGUUAUCUGGAUAGUUGCUGUUACCAAUUGAGAUAUCUGGAUAGUUGCUGUAACCAAUUGAGUUAUCUGGAUAGUUGCUGUUACCAAUUGAGCUAUCUGGUCACCGGCAAUCAACCCAGUCCAGUUCCCCUACACUCCUUCUCAAUACACACAAGCCCAAAUAUUACCUUAGGUGCUGUGUGUAAAAUGUAACAGGAAAGGCAAAAUGUCAUGGCAACUGGAGUUUGAACCUGGGACCUCCCAACUCAGGACAUCUGCUCUAGUUUAGCUAUCUGGUUGCCUUACGAUUGUAUAAUUAUUAUCUACAAUUUUUUAUGACCAUCAGAUCUUGUUGAAGGCCUACAUAGUGUUGAUUGUUAAAGUUUAUGAACUAUUCAAAUGUCAUUAAUCCGCUGAAAUAUGAAUGCACAGAAUAUGCAUUAAAGUUUAAGAAAU